AUGUCUUCAUAUUAUAUCAAUAAGCAAACCAGUCCUGAAAUAAUUUCUGAACUCACUGAUAAAGUUGUCUAUUUUGAUAAUGUGUUUAUUCAGAAGGAAAACAUCUUUGCGAAAUGCAAAGUGAAAAAAUGGAAUAAUAAAACAACUACAGAAAUUCCACGUAUUGAGACGCUCAAACUAUUAGCGAAAAUCAAUGUUACAGCAAGUGUGAGUAAAAACGCUAAUCCGUUGGAAACUAUUUCCGAGACUGUCACGCAUCGGAAUUAGUUAUUAUUAAAAACCUCACUGAAUAGCUGCAUCUAAUGUUGAAAAAUUCUUGUUGACACUUUUUAGGAAGGCUUAGCCGACGGGCAACUUCGUCUUAUUUCUGCAUUUCUAUAUGAGGAUGAGAUUGUUGUGACAACUACCAGACAAAGAAGUUAUGAGAUGAAGUAUGUUUCAUCUAGAAGUCACAAAUCAACCAAUUCUUGUUCAGAACUCCAGUGUAUUGUCGAUAUUUUGAUUGCAAUCGUGUUGAGAUUCCAGGAACGGUUUACAAGGCAUUCUUCUUCCCAUUAACAUCAGUGCAUUGUUUGAGAAAAGCCGGAGCAAGUUAUAUGUCAUUAAGUUUAGCUGAAAAUGAGACAGCACAAAUGCCGAUUCCGUUUACUCAUAGACUUUUUGAAGAACCCGAACACGAAUUAGGAGUUUGUGGUGGGCAAAUAUAUGGAACUAAUGCAAAAUGGAUGCAAAUCGCUGAAUUUGUUGAACAUCAUAAAUUGAUUGGAGCAACAAUGUUCUAUUUUUCUGUUUUUGAAAUUGAUGGAAUGACUCGAAUGAUAUUAGAUGAAUAUGAAAGAAGUGGAUUUGCUGAAGUAACAAUGAUUAAUACAGAAUAUACAAAUGCAGCAAUGAUGCGACAUAUGGUUCAGAUUCAUGAAUGUUUUUAUCGCGCGAGAAAACAUUCAAAAUGGCUAUUAAAUAUUGAUCACGACGAAUAUUUGAUACCUUUCAAACAACCUAUUCUAUCUUAUAUUGAAAGUUUAGGAAAUAACACUGCUGAGCUUGUAUUUUCUGUGCGAAGAAUGGCCAAAUUCAAGGAAUCUCUCGAAAAAUAUAACAAUACUCAAGAGGUUUCAAACGAAAUACAAUCAGCAAACUAUAACUUAACACAUAGGCCAGUUUAUACAUCAGGAAAAGUAAUGGUUCAACCAAAUAAAGUAAAUGCGAUACUUUUACAUUGGUCUUAUGGAAUGGAGCCUGGAUACAAAGUCAAUGUUGUCCCCAGGAAUAUUGCAACUUUGAAUCAUUAUCGGACAAUUUCUCGCAAUUAUUUAUGGUCGGAUUAUAUAACAACAAUGAUGAGGCAAAAGGUUGACUUUUUGCAUGUAACUUUGCAGAAGGAUUAUGUUGAACAAUUACGGCAAAAUGUGGCGCAAGUCGUUGGUUAUGUUUUUGAGAAGCACGAUGUGUCAUGUGACACAAUUCCACCGUCUCUUAAGUUUAUCACCAAACCAUAUUUGAAAAAGUUGAAAAUCUGUGAAUAA